AUGGCUUCUGCUUCUUACAUGGAGGAUUUGACUUGUUCUAUCUGUCUGACUAUCUUCACUGAUCCGCAUGAAGAAAAGCUGAAACUGUUCUGUGAAACAGAUCGACAGUUAGCCUGCGUCAUAUGCCGAGAUGGGGAGAAGCAUGAUGGACACAAAUUUAAACCAAUCAGAGAAGCAGCUACAUCUCUGAGGCGGGAGCUGGAGAAGGGUAUGGAGCACCUUUCUGAUGAGAUCCAUGCCAUAGAGAGCCUAGCCAAUAUGCAGAGAGAAGAAAUAACAAAAACCCAUGUGAUGUCCCAGCAGCUGAUGACCCAAAUCAGCACCCAGUUUGAGGAGAUGCAUCAGUUUCUGAGACAGAGAGAAGAGGAGAUAAAGAAUGAGCUAAAGGAAAAAGAGAGAGAGGCUGUAGAGGAGAUGACUGAGAAGUUUAAGGCGAUGGACCUGGCUUUGUCUGAGAGUAGAGAGCUGCAGGUGAAGGGGACAGCAGCUCUGGAAAUUUCUGACUCAGUGAAGUUCUUGCAGAGCUGGACUGAAGUGAACAACAUGCUGACUCCAGAGUGUUUGUUCAGGCCCAGAGCAAAUGAUCUGCAGGUGGCCCGCACUUCUCUCAGUUUGGGUCCUUAUGAAAGUCACCUGCAGUUCUUUGUGUGGAAGGAGAUGCUUCAGGUGGUCAAGCCCCGGGCAGAGCUGCUCUCACUGAGAGGAAAAAAUACAGAUGUAACUGUGUCUGAUGACCUACGCAGUUUGCUUUUGUCAGCUUAUUUUAACAUUGGACACAGUGAGGACAUAGAUCGUAACCCUCUGACAGUGUGCUGGUACUGA